AUGGUUGCCACGGUUAUACAUGGCAUUGAUAGAUCGGCUACAGGGAGUACAGAAUUGCUACGCGUACGCGUUGCAAAAGGCGAACGGCUCGGUAAACGCGACCUUUUCGGAGUUGUUAGUCCUUACUGUGUGGUACGUCUGGAGAAAGCUGAUGGAGAGUUGAUCGAUGAAAUCACUUUGGAGAAGAAGAAGAAGACACGAGAUCCAGUCUGGAACUCAAUUCUCACAUUUCGUGUCACACGACAAUGUUGUUUGAAAUUCUUCAUCUUCGAUGAAAACAAGAUUCGGAAAGACGCUUUGCUAGGCUCAGUUGAGUUUGAUUUAUCGACGGAGAAUAUCCCAAACGACACUAGACCUCCAUCUGUUCAUCCCCUAAAAGGCGGACGUCAUAGGAAUAUUGGUAGUCUUUGGAUUGGAAUGCACUAUCUGCCACCGGAUCAAUCACCAAGUGAAUCCACCAGUGACUUACAAGUGAAUAGUUCUAUGCCUGAAGGAUGGGAAGAACGUGAAGACGCAAAUGGUCGCACAUUCUAUGUCAAUCAUCGGGAACGUACCACACAUUGGGAUAGACCAUCGCAACUGAGUGCAGUAUUCAGAGAGCGGCAGCGUAAUGAACAGCAAGUCAGGCGACAACGAGAAGAUUAUGAACGACGUCGGCAAGUUACAAAUUCAAGUCCAGAUGCCGUUAGGAGCCAACUUGAAGCGAUAGAUAACGCAAUGCGUUCAAAUUUUGCUGGUGGCACGCAAGCGAACGGCGAAGCCGAAGAUGAACCGUUACCGGAGGGAUGGGAUAUGCAAAUUGCGCCCAACGGCAGAACAUUCUUUAUUGACCAUCGCACCAAAACUACCACCUGGCUGGAUCCGAGAACGGGCACAGCAGCCAGUCGUCCGCAACCCGGAAGGACUGAUGACGAAAUCGGUGCGCUGCCGGAAGGAUGGGAACAGAGGGUCCACACUGAUGGACGCGUGUUCUUCAUCGAUCACAAUAACCGUAGAACGCAGUGGGAGGAUCCCCGAUUCGAAAAUGAAAGCAUUGCCGGCCCUGCCAUCCCUUACUCACGGGACUACAAAAGAAAGGUUGAAUACUUGCAUUCAAAAUUACCCCGAGCUGGUUCAAAUGGUAAAUGUGACAUGAUUGUGCACAGGGAGACACUAUUUGAGGAUUCUUAUCGACAUAUCAUGGAAAAGGCACCAACCGAGCUACGGCACAAAUUAUGGAUCGAGUUCUUUGGGGAAACCGGAUUGGAUUACGGUGGAGUUACUCGUGAAUGGUUUUUCCUGCUAUCACAUGAAAUUUUCAAUCCAUAUUAUGGUCUUUUUGAGUACUCAGCGACAGAUAACUACACUUUACAAAUUAAUCCGCAUUCUGCUGCCUGCAAUCCAGAGCAUCUUUCAUAUUUCUAUUUUAUUGGCAAAGUCAUGGGCAUGGCCAUCUAUCACGGGAAAUUAUUAGACGCUUUCUUCAUUCGUCCUUUCUAUAAGAUGAUGCUUGGGAAGAAAAUCACACUAUUUGAUAUGGAAUCAGUGGAUAAUGCUUAUUAUAACUCAUUAAUCUACAUAAAAGAUAACGAUCCAGAAGAUCUCGAGCUGACAUUUGCCGUUGACGAUUGUGUUUUUGGAGAGACUCACACCACUGAAUUGAUUGAGAAUGGCCGCGAUGUUCGAGUGACGGAAGCGAAUAAAGAAGAAUACAUUGAGGCAGUCGUAAAUUGGCGUUUUGUUAAACGAGUCGAGAAGCAAAUGGAGCAAAUUUUAAGAGGGUUGCAUGAGGUGGUACCAUCAAAUUUGCUCCGAAUAUUCGAUGCAAAUGAAAUGGAACUGCUCAUGUGUGGCUUGCAGAAGAUCGAUGUUAAGGACUGGAAAGCUCACACAGUUUACAAAGGUGGAUAUGGACCAAGUAGUCAGGUGAUCCACAAUUUUUGGAAGUGCAUUUUAUCGUUUGACAACGAAAUGCGUGCACGUGUGCUACAAUUCGUUUCGGGAACGUCACGGGUACCAAUGAAUGGAUUCCGAGAGUUGUAUGGUUCGAAUGGACCUCAGAAAUUUACAAUCGAAAGGUGGGGUAGCUCGGAUAUGUUGCCUCGGGCGCACACAUGUUUCAACCGGCUCGAUCUUCCGCCAUACCAGACGUUUACGGAAUUGAAGCAGAAAUUAUGUACAGCUAUUGAAAACUCAGAAAUCUUCAGCGGUGUAGACUGACGUCAACGCGACGACUGUCACAAUGAAGAGCAUGAAUGAGAUUAUAUGAUUCCUAGUGUAUUAAAAAAGCAGUGAUGUACAGAAUGUUCAGCACUCAAAUGAAUAUUUACGCGGUACAUGUUGUGAUGAGAGAAAUAAAACUGGUCCAACUUGUGCGAAUAUCGAAAUUAAAGAUUCUAUGACAGACUUCUCCC